AUGUCAAAAGGUUGUUGCAAUGAAACCAUUAAAUUUUCAGAGGAUGGUUUCGUCAAUGUUUCGUCUGUGAAUGUAUUUCCUCCUGUGUGGGGAACUGCUGCUUCGAUGGCUAAUUCUGGUUUCUAUCUGGUUCUCUUUGCCAUUUAUUUCAUAUGUUUCGGCUUGUUGUUUAGAACUAUUCGAAAGAGAGUGGAUCAAAACAGAACUAAACAAGUGAUGAAACGUAAUCAUGUGAUCAUGUUCAUAUUGGCAGGGUCCAUGGUUGCCGUUCAAUGUAUUAAUUUACUGAUCAGAUUAGUUUCUGAUAUCCUAUUCAUGGAGGCAAGAUUAAUUGUUGAGAGAGGUGAAAGGAUAACCUUCGCUCACUAUGCAGCCAUGUGGUCAUUGACUAGUAUUUCAUCAUUCUUCAUGUUUCUUAACUAUAUCAUGUUGUUUGUGAUUCUAUUUUUCGUUCAGAUGGUUUUAAAAACUAGUUGGAGAACUGCCGCAACAAUGAGAGCCAUUUCAAAGAAGACAUUCAAGAGAGUUAGAAUCUUUACUCAAAUCACCAUUUCUCUCUUUGUAUUUGCUGCUUUCGUCUUACUAAUCCUCAUUAGUAUCUCAGUUCCCCUAUUGAAAUUCGAUUACCUUUCAAAAUCAACAAGCAACACAGUCAACUUUAUUUUACUAGGAUUAAUCGUUCUAUUAUACUCCAAAGAUACCAUUGCCAUUCUCAUUUCUGGAAUACUGGUCAUUAAAACCAUUCGAAAGUCCAUUCUGAAAAUUAAGAACAUUUCCACUCAACACAAGAAAAUGGAAAAUCCAUUCCUUGUCACAUUUUCCUUACUGAUAGCUUUAAUUUCUUGCAUUUUACUUCAAUUCCUUGCAGUAAUUGUCGGAGCAGUUUUGGUUUCUGAUAGGGAAGAAUUGAAAUUUGUUUGGCAUUUCAUUAAUUGUGCUGGAAUUUUAAUGUUUGCCAUUUUGACACUUGGAUUAUUCUAUCCAUUGUUUAUUCAGACAGAGACGGUGAUUAAGGAAUUGCAUAUUGAUGAUACAAAGUCAAACAUUUCUAAUCUAUCUGAAAGUAGAAGAAACGAAUCGAAUAAUAGAAAUUCAAUGCUUCUUUCAAUUGAUAAUAAGAAGAGUGCAAUGGUUUUAUCACCUGGUGAUGCAACAUUGCAAAUAUUGCAGGGAAAUUCUGGAACAUCGAGCAGUAGUGCACUUUCGAAUGAAACUCCUGGUGAAACACUUUCGAAUUUCAUGCCCUUACCAAGUAGUGAAUCUGUCAUUGCAAUGAUUGAAUGA